AAAAUUCACCUCUAAACCUUCUGAAAUUUGCUCCAUCGCCUUCUGCCAGACUCUUUGUAUACUCCUCACUUCUACCUUAAAAAAUUGUGCAAGGUCUUUCUUAUCAUUUCUUUUGAAUUUCCCACCUCUGCUCAUGCACACUGAAUGCAAUGCCACAUAAGCAGCAUAUUUUUGCUCGUCAGUGAGGGUUUUCUUUUUUCUAACUCCUUGCUGAACAACUGCAACAAGAAACAAAACAAUGAAAAAAAAUAUUAGUCCAUGCUUCGUUCAUCUAUUGGUACAGCAUAAUAAGCCAAGUUCUCGCAGGAUAACAGGGUGCUCGGUGUACUAAAAUGUGUUUCGCUCGUCUGCUGCUGCUACAGAUGAGUAAGGUGCUUACUGCAAUAUUUGCGUGAUCACCUGUAUAUAUUUGAAAUUCAGUCUUAUGACCGGCAAAUCCCAGAGGAAGACCUGACAUGAUCAAGUGCUCCGUUAGCUAAUACUCUUAUUCUAAGACAUGAAAUUCAUUCAUUGGCCUUUUUUAUCAACAUUAGCCAUGGUCUAGGAAACAAUUUAUGACCUGAUCUUAGAACUUGAAUAUGGCAUCAAGUCCCAGGGAAUGUGUGGGUUUAGAAAAUCAUUUUUCACACACGUUUAAUACCAAACUUUGUUAUUAAACAUUGUUAAUACCAAAUGGAUUUUUUAAUUGCUCAACACUUGCUAGCUACUCCAUUAUAGGGGUACAAAUGAACUAUUGAUUGUUCAUGGCAGGAGUACUGGAGCUCACCAACCGCAUCUUGACCGGGAUCGAUGCCCUCUUCCUCUUCCAUGUUCAUAUCAUCUUGGAUUGCUGCCUGUUCUGAAGUUGGUGCAAUGGAGCUUGGAGCUCCACCUGCUGGACCUGGAGCCUGUUCAGGACCUGAAGUCAGCGGCGAUCUGCAGUACCUGGAGGUGGAGCUGGCGAGGCCCUGGGAGGGUGGCGGCAAUCUGCAGCAGGGCGCUGGCCUUGGGAUGACGAGGUGGGGGAUCUGCUGGCCCAGGACGAUGUGGGGGAUCUGCUGGCCCAGGAAGAUGGGGAGGAUGGAAGGGGAUCUGUUGGGCGAGAUGGGAGGCGAUGGAGGUGGAGGUGGAGGAUCUGGAGCGCAGUAG